AUGGAGCGCGGCGGCAGCACGGGGGGCGGGAGCAGCGGCGGCGAGGGCGGCCGCCCUCCCCGGGAGGGCCCGGCGGGGAACGGCCGCGACCCGAUCGUCGGUCGCGCCGCCGCGGCGCCCGGGGACGGCCAGGCGUCUGAGUCCUUGCUGGCCCCCAUGGACCUGGGGGAGGAGCCGCUGGAGAAGGCGGCGAGCGCCCGCACGGCCAAAGACCCCAACACCUAUAAGGUGCUCUCGCUGGUAUUGUCAGUCUGUGUGUUAACAACAAUCCUUGGUUGUAUAUUUGGGUUGAAACCAAGCUGUGCCAAAGAAGUUAAAAGUUGCAAAGGUCGUUGCUUUGAGAGAACAUUUGGGAAUUGCCGCUGUGAUGUUGCUUGCGUUGACCUUGGAAACUGCUGUCUGGAUUACCAGGAGACAUGUAUAGAACCAGAACGUAUAUGGACUUGCAGCAAAUUCAGAUGUGGUGAAAAAAGGUUGUCCAGAAGCCUUUGCUCCUGUUCCGAUGACUGCAGGGACAAGGGCGACUGCUGUAUCAAUUAUAGCGCCGUGUGCCGAGGAGAGAAAAGUUGGGUAGAAGAAACAUGUGAGAACAUUAAUGAGCCAGAGUGUCCAACAGGGUUUGAAAUGCCUCCGACCCUCUUAUUUUCCUUGGAUGGCUUCAGGGCAGAAUAUUUACACACCUGGGGUGGGCUUCUUCCUGUUAUUAGCAAACUAAAAAACUGUGGAACAUACGCCAAAAACAUGAGACCAGUAUAUCCAACAAAAACUUUUCCCAAUCACUACAGCAUUGUCACGGGACUUUAUCCAGAAUCCCAUGGCAUAAUUGACAAUAAAAUAUAUGAUCCCAAAAUUAACGCUUUCUUUGCACUUAAAAGUAAGGAGAAAUUUAAUCCUGUGUGGUACAAAGGAGAACCAAUUUGGCUCACCACGAAAUAUCAAGGCCUGAAAAGUGGCACCUUUUUUUGGCCAGGAUCAGAUGUGGAAAUUAAUGGAAUUCUCCCAGACAUCUAUAAAAUGUAUAAUGGCUCAAUACCUUUUGAAGAAAGGAUUUUAACUAUUCUUAAGUGGUUGCAGCUUCCUAAAGAUGAAAGACCACACUUUUACACUCUGUAUUUAGAAGAACCAGAUUCUUCAGGUCAUUCAUAUGGACCGGUCAGCAGUGAAGUCAUCCGAGCAUUGCAGAGGGUUGACAACAUGGUUGGCAUGCUGAUGGAUGGUCUGAAAGAGCUGAACUUGCAUCGAUGCCUGAACCUUAUCCUUAUUUCAGAUCACGGCAUGGAACAAGGCAGUUGCAAGAAAUAUGUGUAUCUGAAUAAAUAUUUGGGAGAUGUUAAAGAUAUUAAAAUUGUAUAUGGACCUGCAGCUCGAUUGAGACCCUCUGAUGUUCCAGAUAAGUACUUUUCAUUUGAUUAUGAAGACCUUGCCAGAAAUCUUUCUUGCCGGGAACCAAACCAGCACUUCAAACCUUACCUGAAACAUUUCUUACCGAAGCGUUUGCACUUUGCCAAAAAUGACAGGAUUGAGCCCUUGACAUUCUAUUUGGACCCUAAGUGGCAACUUGCAUUGGCUCCUUCAGAAAAGGAACAUUGUGGAAAUGGAUUCCAUGGUUCUGACAAUUUAUUUUCAAAUAUGCAAGCCCUCUUUAUUGGCUACGGACCUGGAUUUAAGCACCACUUUGAAGUUGAUUCCUUUGAAAAUAUCGAAGUCUAUAAUUUAAUGUGUGAUUUACUGAAUCUGACACCUGCUCCUAAUAAUGGAACUCAUGGGAGUCUUAACCACCUUCUAAAGAAUCCCAUUUACACCCCAGAGAAUCCCAGAGAAGUUCACCCUGUGGUGCAGUGCCCCUUCGCAAGAAGCCCCAGACGUAACCUUGACUGCUCAUGCCAUCCCUCAGUCUUACCAGUUGUGGAUUUUGAGAUACAGUUGAAUUUGACUGUGGCAGAAGAGAAGGUUAUUAAGCGCAGCACUUUACCUUACGGAAGACCCAGAGUCCUGCAGAGGAACACCUCGGUCUGUCUCCUCUACCAGCACCAGUUUGUGAGUGCUUACAGCCAUGACAUCCUGAUGCCCCUUUGGACCUCUUACACCGUCCGCAGAAAUGACAGUUUCUCUGCAGAAGACUUUUCUAACUGUCUUUACCAGGAUCUUCGAAUUUCUCUUAGUCCUGUCCAUAAGUGUUCCUUUUAUAAAAAUAAUGCUGAACUGAGCUAUGGGUUCCUCUACCCACCACAACUAAAUAAAGGUUCAGAUCAACUAUAUUCUGAAGCAUUGCUUAAUACUAAUAUAGUGCCAAUGUACCAGAGUUUUCAAGUAAUAUGGCGCUACUUCCACGGCACCCUUCUACAACGGUAUGCGGAAGAAAGAAAUGGCGUCAAUGUGGUCAGCGGGCCUGUGUUUGACUCUGAUUACGAUGGAUGUUAUGAUUCCUCAGAGACGCUGAAGCAAAACAGCAGAGUCAUCCGUAAUCAAGAAAUUCUGAUCCCAACUCACUUCUUCAUUGUGCUGACAAGUUGUAAAAACACAUUCCAGACUCCCUCCCAGUGUGAUGAGUUAGACACCUUAGCUUUCAUUUUGCCUCACAGGACUGACAAUAGUGAGAGCUGUGUGCAUGGGAAGCAUGAGUCGUCAUGGGUAGAAGAGUUACUGAAGUUACACAGAGCUCGGAUCACGGACGUUGAACUCAUCACUGGACUCAGCUUCCUUCAAGAACGAAAAGAGCCCGUUGCAGACAUUCUAAAGUUGAAAACAUGGUUGCCAACCUUUGACCAAGAAGACUGAUAUUUUUUUAUUCCAAAAAUACACCAUAGAUGUUUUUGAAAGAACCUUUAUUUUAUACAGUCCUCUAUUCACGCUGUCGCCUUGUUUGGAAACUGCCGACCAGAGUUAGAGCUGAGAAUCCUCUGUGAUAACAACCAUCUCAGGGAACCUCGCGGCCUCCGCCCGGCAGUAGGAAAAUACUCUUACUGAGUCUCGCACAUGUUUGAAUGUGUAAGAAUUGUUCCAAUUUGGGGAAUAAAGACACCCCAUACCUAAAACUGCUAUUCUACUUCUCUUAAGGGCAAAAGUAGCUGUGAACAUUGUCUGGACGCCAGAUAUUUGAAUUUUGUUUUCACUAAUAAACUUCUAUGGAACUGGCAA